UUGCCAGCAGCAUAUUUGUCAAAUAAAAAAAGUAAUAACAGCAAAAAGUAAAAGAGUGUGCGCAAUCUCUACUCUUCUCGCUCUUGCGCUUACAUAAAUGGCAAAUAAUUCUUGAGAUUGGCUACAACAACAACAACAACAACAACAACUACGACGUGAAAAGGAAAGCUCUGCCUACAACGAAAAUUUUUGGAUUUACAUUUCCUGUGUGCAGCAGCAGCAACGUCGUCGUCGUCGGCGUCGGCGUUUCUUUUGUGGAUUAUUACUACCUAAAAAUCGCUGCUCACUUUGCGGGCCGCACGCUUCACUCACUCACUCACGCUCGGUCUCUGUCGCACGCGAGUGCAAGGGUCGCUGCGCGAGCAAGCCAGCAGGCAACGAAAAUCCUCGUUCGCACCUUGCUCCCCACCACACACUCACCCAACCACUCACCACUCUCACUCUCCCCCAACGCCGCCGCCAACAAAAACUAAACAAAAAACAACAACAACAACAGCAACAACAACGACUGCAUGCUGUCGUCUAUGAAGCAGGAACGAGCAUAUCAACAGCAGAAAUUGCGAUUAUUUUGGAUUUAUAAAAAGUUUUGAAAAUGAACAGUUUGGCCCGAGGGCCGAGGCCCUGCGUCUCCACCCUGUGUCGUUGCCUGGAAAACGCGACAGUGCGGCAGCAGUGUCAAGCUCGCAACAACAACAAGAACAACAAUAACAGCAACAAGCAGAAGAUCAGCAACACUGGCUGCAGCACAUUGAAAAGUACGUUCCUAGGCACUAUUGGUAGUACUUUGGGCCCGCACAGUGCGGCCGCCCGAUCGUUUGCGUCUGCAUGGAGUCAAUGAGACGUAACGAGGCAAACACUAGCCACCACCCGAAUAAGGUGGCCCUGAAUAGCAGCAACGUAGCAACGGAAAGCAAUAUUAAGAAUAAAUUGUUAGCUAAUUUAAGUGCGGCAAACGCAACAACAGUAGCAGCAACAGCAGCAGGAACAGCGGCUACAGUAACAACAGGAGCAGCAGCAACGACAACGGUAGCCACAAACCAAGCAUUGAAUUUCAAUAACAAAGUGAAGGCAACAACAGCAACGAAUAAUUUGCAAGGCAACAGUGCGAUUAAGAAGCAUACGAAAUUGAUUGGCGCUAGCAAAACAAACGCCGCAAAUACAACGACAACAAACAACUCAACGGCGUCGGCAAGUAGCAGCUCAUCUAAUUCAAGUGAAUCGAAGGAUACAAACUUUGAGUACGAGGACGAGUGGAAUAUUGGCGGCAUACCAGAGCUGCUGGACGAUCUAGACGCUGACAUUGAAAAGUCGGCGGCGCAUUCGGGUGGUGGCAACCAAACACCAACAACAGCAGCAGCAGCAGCAGCAGCAGCAGCAACAACAACGACGACGACAACGCUAAAUGCUAAACAAGCAAACAGCACAGCGGCAACAUCAUCAUCAUCAUCAUCAUCAGCAGCAGCAGCAGCAGCAGCAUCAGCUCACAAAUCGCACAAGACCACAUUGCAUAGCAAUUUGUCGGCCACAUCGCCAACCACAAUUAAGUUCACACGCCAGCCCAUUGCCAGCGGCAGCGCCAACGCAACACCAGCAGCGGCAACAGCAACUGGCAGCAGCAGCAGCAGCAGCAGUAGCAGCUCAGCUGUGUUGUCCAGCAGUAAAGGUUCGUCCUCUUCCGCGGGCAAGCAUCAUCAUCAUCAUCACCACCAUCAUCAUCAUCAUCAUAGCACAGCUAGCAAGGGCUACAAAUCUGCAUUAGUCGCACAAUUGAACAGCCCUGGUCCCAAUCACAACAACAACAACAAUAAUCAACAGCAGAAUAAAAACAGCAGCAGCAGUAGCAGCGGUAGCGGUAGCAGCAACAGCGCAGCCAACGCAGGCACAACCGGCAGCACAUUGUCAUCCUCGACAUUUGCCGGCUUCUCCAAAGGCGGCAACUUGGUCUCCUCCUGCGUCAGCCAGUCUUCCUCCACAACAGGCAGCAGCAGCAGCGGCAGCGGCAGCAGUGGUCAACAGCAAGCCAAACUCUCCGCUAGCGGCAUGUCCUCGCAAACGGGCAGCAACACGAGCAAUAACAGCAGCAGCAACAACAACAACAACAGCAGCAGCGGCAGCAGCAGCAGCAAUAACAACAGCAGCAGCAUAAACAGCAACACAAUUGGUGGCGCCACAGUUGGUGGCCAAAGUUCGCAAAGCGGCAGCGGUAAAUCGAGCGCAAAAAUGUCCAUUGAUCAUCAGGCAACGCUCGAUAAAGGACUCAAAAUGAAGAUCAAACGCACCAAGCCCGGCACAAAGAGCUCCGAGGCCAAACACGAAAUAGUCAAGGCCACAGAUCAACAGCAGCAACAGCAGAACGGUGCAUUGGGCAACAGCAGCUCCAACAGCAGCAGCCAGCAGGAGGAUGGCGGCAGCAGCAGCACCAGCAGCAGCAGCGGCGGCGGCGGCGGCGGCAUGAGCAAUAACAGCAGCAGCAGCGGCGGCGGCAAUGCGAAUGCGUCUUCCUUAAGCAACAACUCGAGCGGCAGCAACAACUCGGGCAGCGGCAACUCUUCCGGCUCUAGCAGCAGCAGCAGCAGCAGCAAAAAGCAUCUCAACAAUUCCAGCAGCAGCGGCAACAACAACAGCAGCAGCAACAGCGGCGGCGGCAACGCCAAUCCAAACAAUACACACGGCAGCAACAGCAGCAGCAACAACAACGCACAGUCAACGCCGCAGGGCAACAAGCGCGGCAGCUCUGGGCACAGGCGCGAGAAGACCAAGGACAAGAACGCACAUUCCAAUCGCCUCAGCGUGGACAAAUCAGCUGCAUCGGCAGCUGGCGAAAAGGACACGCCCGAGAAGAACGCCAGCAGCAACAACAACAACAGCAGCAGCAGCAAUUGCCAGUGCAACGGCGAUGUUGCUGCCGCCUCGGCGCCACCGUGCUCGCAUCACGCCUGCAUCCGACGCAUGAGCAACAGUAGCGGCAGCAACAGCUCGACCGCAACGGCUGUGCCGCCGGGCGUGUUCACGCCCUCGGCUGGCUCCCCGGCAGCUGUUGUCUCGGCGGCUGCCUCGCUGCUGGCUGCAGCGACGGCGUCAACCAAUGCCUCGCAAGCAGCAGCAGGCAAUGGCGGCGGCAGCAGCAUAAAUGCAGGUGCUGCCAAUGCGCCUGGGCCGCCGGGCAAGGAUGCCAGCAUUAAAAUCUCCUCACACAUUGCCGCGCAGCUGGCCGCAGCGGCUGCCUCGAGCGGCAACAGCAGCAGCAGCAACGCGAACAGCAACAACAGCAGCAGCUACGCGGGCAGCCAGAGUGGAGCAGCUGCAGCGGGCGGCGCAACGGCAGCUGGUGCGGGCAGCAGUGCGGACAGCAAGGCGGCCAGCCUGGCACAGGCCAAACUGAUGGCUCCGGGCAUGAUCUCAGCCACCAUGCACCACACAAUUUCGGUGCCCGCGGGCAGCGCCGGCACCGGUGGCGCCGCCGAUGACGAGAGCAAAUCCCCGCCAGCUAAACGUGCCAAGCAUAGCGAUAACAGCAAAGAUAUGGUCGAUAUAUGCAUUGGCACAUCCGUUGGCACCAUCACCGAGCCGGACUGCCUCGGUCCCUGCGAGCCGGGCACCUCGGUCACCCUCGAGGGCAUCGUUUGGCACGAGACCGAGGGCGGUGUACUCGUUGUGAAUGUUACGUGGCGCGGCAAGACCUAUGUGGGCACUCUGCUCGAUUGCACCCGACACGAUUGGGCUCCUCCAAGAUUCUGUGAUUCACCAACUGAAGAAUUAGAUUCUCGAACUCCAAAGGGACGCGGCAAGCGCGGACGCAGCGCAGGUUUAACGCCCGAUCUGAGCAACUUUACCGAAACCAGAAGCUCGAUCUACUUCUCGCAUGCCCAGGUGCACUCGAAGCUGCGCAAUGGCGCCACCAAGGGACGCGGCGCGACGCGCAGCGCCUCCGGCAAUGCAACAAACAGCAGCAGCAGCUCGUCGGGCAACGGCGGCGGCGGCGGCGGUGGUGGCAAUGGUGGUGCCACGCCCAGCACUUCACCCACAGCGUUUUUGCCGCCACGGCCGGAGAAACGCAAGUCGAAGGAUGAGGCGCCCUCGCCACUCAACGGCGAUGCCGCCGAUGGGGCUGGGGGCAUGGUGAGCAUGGUGAAUGCCAGCGGCAUACCCAUCUCGGCCAGCGGCGGUGGCCUGGCCACCCAGCCGCAGAGCCUGCUCAAUCCAGUGACCGGACUCAAUGUGCAAAUCAACACAAAGAAAUGUAAGACUGCCUCGCCCUGCGCGAUCUCACCGGUGCUGCUCGAGUGCCCCGAGCAGGACUGCAGCAAGAAGUACAAGCACGCCAACGGGCUGCGCUAUCAUCAGUCGCAUGCGCACGGCGCCAGCGGCAGCAGCAGCGGCGGCGGCGGUGUUAGCUCCAUGGACGAGGAUUCCAUGCAGGCGCCCGAGGAGCCAGCAACGCCACCAUCCCCGUUGCCAACAACAGCUGUAGCAGCAGCAGCAGGUGCAUCGGCAGCAACAGUUGCAGCCGGCGCAGCGGCAACAGCAGCAGCCACAGCAACAGCAGCACCACCAGCAACUACAGUCGUGUCGCCCACAGCCAGCUGCGCCGCCCUGGCCAAUGGCACCACAUCAGCCCCAGCCGCAAAGGCAACGCCUGCUACGGCGCCAGAUGCCAGCAGCGCAGCAGCCAACAGCAGUGCAAUGAAUACGGCUGUCGCCGGCCCAGCCACAGAUGUGGCGGCCGUUGUUGCUGCAGUACCGUUGCCCGUGCUGCCGCUGGUGGUUGCGGCGGCAGCAGCACAACAAGCGCCGCCCGCAACGCCCAGCCAGGCGCAGCCACAGGCGCUACUGGCGCCAGGCAGCAUGCCCGGCAAUCAGCCAAUUGCUGGCGGCAGCAUCACCGCCGGCAUCUCUACCCAGGCGCUGUCUCAGCAUCAGCAACAGCUGCUGGGCGGACUCGUCGGCGCCGGACUGCCGGCCAUGCUGUCCGAGCAGCAGCAGCAGGCGCUGCUACAGCAGGGUGCAUUAAAAGCGGGUGUCUUGCGCUUUGGUCCACCCGAUGCGGCGGCCCUGCAGCAGCAGCAGCAACAGCAGCCACCUGGUGUCAACACACAACAGUCGCCGCCUGGACAAAGUCCACUGCGUCCGCCUAGCCUGGCACAGGAUGCACAACAGCCGCCCGCCGGCUAUGUGGCACAGCAGCAGCAGCCGCCGCCGGGCUUGAAAAGCACGCCCGGCUUUGGUCCCGCCUCAGUGGGCGCCGGUAGCAAACAGAAGAAGAACCGCAAGUCGCCCGGUCCGGGCGAUUUCGAUGGCGGCGUUUCGCGCGAGGAUGUGCAGAGUCCAGCGUACAGUGAUAUAUCGGAUGACUCCACGCCCGUUGCGGAGCAGGAGCUGCUGGACAAGUCGCAGCCGGUCAAGCACAUUGAGCUGCUUGGCAAGAAGCCCAGCGAGGUGGGCGUGCCGGCAGCGCCCACGCCCAAUAUACCACCCUCCCUAGCCGGUUAUGGCAUGUACCAGUUCUACCCAGCGGCACAGCAACAGCAGCAGCAGCAACAACAGCAGCAACAACAACAACAGCAGCAGCAACAACAACAGCCGCCGUCGUUGCCACAGCAGCCGCAGUACAUGGUGCAACCCGGUCCGGAUGCACUGCAGCCGGGCAAACCGUCGCAGCAACAGCUGCAACAGCCGGGGGCACCGCCAGCUACCUCACAGACGCCACAGUCGCAUCUGCUGGCGCCGCCCGCACAGCAGGCCGUUGCCCAUCUCGCCGAUUACAGCAACAAGAACAAGGAGCCGCCGCUGGAUCUGAUGACAAAGCCGCCGUCGCAGGCGAGCGUCCAGCAGCAGCUGCAGCAACAGCAGCAGCAGCCCGAGAACAAUGGCAAGGAUACGGGUCCGCCCACAUCGCAGCCGCCUCAGGUGCAGCCGCCGCCGGUCAAUCUCAGCGCGGUGACUGGACCGCCGCCGGGCGCUCUGCCGCCAGGCAUGGCUGGUCUGGGCGGACUCACACCCGCCAAGACCCUGGGUCACUUCUAUCCCUACAACUUCAUGCCGCCGGGCUAUCCAUACAGCGUGGAUCCCAACUUUGGACCCGUUUCAAUUGUGGCCUCCGAGGAGGCGGCCAAGCUGGGCGGGCAUCCCGGACUGCAGGCCAGCGCACAGGCGCAGGCACAGGCACAACAACAACAACAGCAGCAGCAGCAACAGCUCUCCGGCAUCAGCAUUAAGGAGGAGCGCAUCAAGGAGAGUCCCAGCCCGCACGAGAAUCCCAAGCAUAUGCCGCCGCAGCAGCAGCUGUUGGCCAACAAGCUAAUCAAACAGGAGCCGCUGAUCAAGCAGGAGAUCAAGCAGGAGCCCAACACCAAUAUGGGUCAGCAGCCGCCGCCGCAACAUCAGCAACAGCAGCAACAACAACAGCAGCAGCCGCCGCCACAGCCACAACAGCCGCACGCGUUGCAUCCAAAGGAUCUGCAGGCGCUGAGCGCUUAUCAUCCAAGCAUCUAUCAACGCCAUUCCAUGAGCCUGGCGGCAGCACGCGAGGAUGAGCUGCGACGCUACUACAUGUUCUCGGAUCAGCAGCGGCGUCAGAAUGCUGCAGCCGUGGCUGCGGCACAGAAUGCAUCCGGCAUGCAGCCACAUCCCGGCAUGCCGCCCCAGCAUAAGGAUGAGUCCGGCCUCACCGCGCAACAGCAGCAGCAGCAGCAACAACAGCAGCAGCAGCAGCUUUCGCUUGCACAGCAUCAGCAACAGGCGCUGCAGCAACAUCACCAGCAUAUGCAGCAGCAGCACCAGCAACACCAGCAGCACCAACAGCAGCAGCAACAACAGCAGCAGCAACAACAGCAGCAACAACAACAACAACAGCAGCAGCAACAACAACAACAGCAGCAGCAGCAGCAGCAACAACAGCAACAACAACAGCAGCAGCAGCAACAACAACAACAGAAGCUUAAGCAAUCGCAAGCAGCCAGCGCCGCGGCCAAUAACAAAGCCACCAACCUGACCAAGGAGUCGCCCAAGCAAAAGGGCAGCAGCUCCGCCGACGACGAUCAGCAGCAGCAACAGCAGCUGAAGGUCAAACAGGAGGGCCAGAAACCCACCAUGGAAACGCAGGGUCCGCCGCCACCUCCCACUUCACAAUAUUUUCUGCAUCCCUCGUAUAUUUCGCCUUCACCGUUUGGCUUUGAUCCCAACCAUCCCAUGUACCGCAAUGUGUUGAUGUCUGCCGCCGGGCCGUAUAAUGCGCCACCGUAUCAUUUGCCCAUAACGCGCUAUCAUGCGCCUGAGGAUCUGUCGCGCAAUACGGGCACCAAGGCGCUGGACGCACUGCAUCACGCGGCCAGCCAAUAUUAUACCCAGCACAAAAUACACGAGCUGAGCGAACGCGCACUCAAAUCGCCUACCAGCGCUAGCGGUCCGGUCAAGGUGAGCGUCAGCAGUCCCAGCCUGGGACCACCGCAGCCCGGAGGCGGACCUGGCAACAGUGGACCCGGCUCUGGACCGAAUGUGCUGGGCGGCAAUGGGCCCAAUCAGCAGGGCACAACGCCGGGCGGUGCCGGCGGUGUGCCGCUGAAUCUGCAACCACCGCCGGGCAGCCUGGGCGGUCCGCCGUCUAAUAAACCCGAAAUGGCUGGCCAAAAAUCACAUGGCGCGCCGCCAGGCGGUGCGCUCGAUGCGCAUAAACAGCCGCUGCCCGGCGCACCGCCCAUUGGCGCUGGCCCGGCCGGCAAUGGAGCUGUAGGUGUGGCCGGCGGUGCUGGCAAUGGCGCUGCUGGUGGUGCCGGUGCCGCCGAUUCGCGCAGUCCGCCGCCGCAGCGGCAUGUGCACACACACCAUCACACACACGUAGGCCUCGGCUAUCCCAUGUACCCAGCGCCCUAUGGAGCGGCCGUCUUGGCCAGCCAACAAGCGGCUGCAGUAGCUGUGAUAAAUCCAUUUCCGCCGGGACCGACAAAAUGAGAACCACUGAAUGGCAGCAACGAGAAGAAGGCCUACAAUGUGAAAAACAACUAGCGGGGAAAGGGAACGGGAACGGAAACGGGAACGGCGGGAACGUGAGAUGGAUCGGAAUUGGAAUUGGCAUCGAAAGGGGAUGAUGUGGAACUGGAAGAGGCAGUGGUUGAUAAAUACCCAAUUGCAUUUGCUAUUAGCCCUGGGCGAGCACACAUUAAGCAUAUAUAGCGUAUAUAUAAUAUUUUUACAAUGUUACAACAAAAAACAACAACAACAACAACAAAAACCAACUACAACAACAAGAAACAAAAACAGAAAUGAAAAAAUCGACUAUUUAUAUGCAUAAGUAUUUUUUGUAUGUUUCGUUUAACGUGUUAACUAUAAAAAUUUAGUUUAAGCCCUAAGUUAUCACUACUAUUACCAGAUAAAAAAAAAAGAAGAAAAAACAAAACAAUAUAUAUAUAUAUAUGAAUAUAUUCUAGAGUACAUACAAUAUGAUAAAUAUAGCAUAACUACAAAUUAGCGAUGUUUUUCCUAAGUGUAUUUUGCAUAUAUAUAUAUAAACAUAUUAUAUAUAUAUACAUAUUAUAAAAACAUAAUAUAAUUAUAGUUAUAUUUAUAUUAUACGAGAGAGGCGUAAAUCGAACAUGAACAAAAGAAAAACAAAUUAACAAAAAGAUGCAGAAGCAAAUGCGAAAACUGUAGUGUGUUGAUUUCUUGUAAAAAAAAAACAAACAAACAAAUUAUAUAAUUAAUAUUAAUACAUAUUGUUUAACGAUUAUUAUCGAUUACCAAUUACCGUUUACACUUUAGCAAUUACAAAUGUAGCACUUACAA